UGCCUUGACAGCAACUCCAUCCAUCACCGCGCAGCGCGCAAUGCAGCUAAGAUGCGGGGUCUCCACAUCGUACCUUCCGCUAGUGAUAGUUUGAUUUGCAUCAUGAAAACGUACGACUACCCAGCUGAUCAACGCUCCUUGAUCAUAACCGGCAGGUCCGGGGUCUUAUCACUCAUCUAAUCGCGACCUUUUCCGACCACGUCCAAUGGCAAAUGAAGACAGUCUGGUAAGACGCGGUACGAAAAGAGCAAGAACGCGGCAUGGCUGCAUCAACUGCAAAGUAAAAAGACGCAAAUGUGAUGAGACCAAGCCUGCCUGCGGCCGCUGCAGCAGCAAGAACGAAAAAUGCGAAUGGGCUUCUCGCCUCACCUUCCGGGCCGAAAAUGCUUUAGGUGUCGGACCAUCAUCGCUGCAUCGCCCACCAGGACGCCCACCAGCGCGCUUCAAGAUCAAGGACGUGACUGCGGAAGUGAUACGCGACUACCAGCAUUACGAUCAAGCAGGCGACUUUGAAGUACCAGAUCAAUUUAAUGAUCGGCAGACGACUACUCCUCCCGACGUGUCGCCAUCUACAGCCGACGACCAGGUACCUCAACAGGGUUCCCCAUAUUGGCAGUCAAACACUCCUUUCUCAGUUGGCGAAGAUACGAUAGAUCCUCUUCAGUCGACCCAGUACGUGCCCUUGCCUACUACAGGAGUUAUCGAAUCCAUCUGGCACAGUCCUGUCACCACCACAUACAUAGACGACAGCGUCUUCUUACCAGGCUCGGCGUAUCUCGACGCGCAUUCCACGUUCCGGAGUCACUUGAUACAAGAAGUUCGGUCAAAUGUACCGACUCGAGAGGUCACACCGGAUGCUGCGCGCAUUGGACAGGUUUGGGGAGGGGUGCAAGCGAACUACGCGUCAGACGCAGCAAGACACAUUGCAGAAACAUCUCUCAACACCGCUGCCAUCGACGAGCCAGAUACCACAAACAUCUCACCACCCCAGCUAUCUCCAGAAGAGGACUUCGAACUAUGGAAGAACUGGCUCGAUGAAGUAGCCCCUUGGAUCGAUAAGUUCGACCCCGAACGGCACUUUCAGCGUACCCUGCCUAUCUUGGCACGCUCGCACGAUCACCUACGAUAUUCGAUGCUCGCUCUCUCAGCCCGCCAGAUAGAGCGGAAGAACAACAGUAAACACACCUCACGCAGUCUAGCUCUCUACCAAACAGCUAUACAGCUCGUCCUCCCGCAAUUACAUACGCGCAGCACGCCCGUGAUAGCAUCUUGCGUGGUGCUAUGUGUACUCGAGAUGCUGAGCAGCUCGGCGAAAGCGUGGCAUCAGCACCUAGAUGGAUGUGCGCACCUGUUGGAAGCUGUCGGGAUCAGUGGAUUCAGCGGUGGUGUCGAUCAAGCGCUGUUUUGGUGCUUUGCCCGAAUGGAUGUUUGUGGAGGACUCAUCGCAUCGUCUAAAACGCUCAUACCGGUUGAGCACUGGGCUUCUUCAGGAAUGGGUCUCGAUGCUGACGUGGACCGUUUCCGUUCCGUUGGCGGAUACAAUGUCUACGCAUGCGAAGCCGUGUAUCUCAUUGCCCAAAUCCUCGACCUACUUUCUUCCCAUUCAAAUCUAGCUGGUCGUGCCAGCGCCACACUACGAAAGCUCGCCGAGACCGACAAAGUAUACUCUGCUCGUUGGACUCGACUCUGGCACCACGUAUCCACAUGGUACACCACGCGUCCCGCAGAAAUGCUCCCAAUCUCUUCUUUCAUCCCACCCACCUCCCCCUUCCCGCGUCUCCUCUACAGCAACCCCGCCGCCAUGUCCGGCAACCAACUCCACCACACCGCCUGCAUCUUGAUGCUUGGCCACAAACCCUCCGGCAUCACCGUCACACCGAAACCGAACUCAAUCUUCUGGCACGCAAGACAGAUAUGUGGGAUUUCCAUCAGCAACGAUGAUCAUGCUGCGUGGACGAAUGCGAUUCAGCCGCUGUGGAUUGCGGGGCAGUGGAUGAGCCAUGAGAGUGAGCAGAAGGCGAUUUUGCAGCUGCUGGAGAAGAUUGAGAGACUUUCGGGAUGGAGUACGAAGUGGAGGGCUGAGGAUUUGAAGGAGUUUUGGGGAUGAGGCUGGGGUUCAGCCUGAUUCCUCGCAGCGCGUGUGGUGGCGAUGUUCCGCAAAGCCUUGAUUUGCUUACCGCUGUAGGCGCAUUUGAUGUCCUCGAUGGAUGAGGCUCCCAAUCAGGUGCGAUAAAUGUGGACGCAGAGGCUCAGCUCUCGGGGCUUAGUGUC